AUGACCACCGUCGGUUCCGAGCGGUUUGGCUUCGACAGCGAGGUCUCCCUCGACGUGCUGCGCUCCAUCUACCUGCGCCUCCACCAUGUCCGCAGUGCGAACGCCACGAGCCCCAAGCCUGGCGAGAAGACCAAGGAGGAGCUCGAGCCCGACGCGAUCUACUACCCGGACUCGCAGUCCAUCUCGUACAGCACCCUCACUCGCUUCCCGCCGGUCAAGCUCCUCUCUACAGAGAAGCGCAAGCGCGUCCUUGUCACUGGUGGUGCUGGCUUCGUAGGCUCGCACCUGGUCGAUCGAUUGAUGCUGCUCGGCCAUGAGGUCACCGUCCUUGACAACUUCUUCACGGGCUCGAAGACCACCGUGGGCCAUUGGGUUGGCCAUCCGAACUUCGAGAUGGUCCGUCACGAUGUCGUGGAACCCUACAUGACAGAAUGCGAUCAAAUCUACCACCUCGCAUGCCCCGCGUCCCCGCCGCAUUACCAGUUCAACUCCGUGAAGACGGUCAAGACGUCCUUUAUGGGCACGCUCAACAUGCUCGGCCUCGCUAAGCGCACGAAGGCCCGCUUCCUGAUCACCAGCACGUCCGAGGUGUACGGCGACCCUGAGGUGCACCCGCAGCACGAAGAAUACUGGGGCAACGUCAACCCCAUUGGCCCUCGCGCAUGUUACGAUGAGGGCAAGCGCGUCGCGGAGACGCUCACGUACGGCUACCACCGUCAGGAUGGUGUCGACGUCCGCGUGGCGCGUAUCUUCAACACAUACGUGAACCCCUUCGACGGCCGAGUCGUGUCCAACUUCAUCAUGCAGGCCCUCCGCGGCGAGGACAUGACCGUCUACGGCGACGGUUCGCAGACGCGCUCCUUCCAGUACAUCCACGACCUCGUCGACGGACUCAUCGCGCUCAUGAACUCCGAUGAGACGCGCCCCGUCAACAUCGGCUCCUCCGACGAGUUCACGAUCGGCGAAUUCGCGCUCCUCGUGCGCGAGAUCGUCGAGAAGGUGCAGAAGGAGGACGGCGCGCUCCCCGCGCGCCGCGUGCAGGUCAUCUACAAGCCCCUCCCCACGAACGACCCGCAGAAGCGCCGCGCGGACACGACCCGUGCGAAGCAGGUGCUCGACUGGCAGCCCCGCUGGACAGUGCGCAUGGGCGUCGAGGAGAUGGUGCGCUACUACAAGGCGAAGAUGACCGAGGGCAGCAUCUGA